AGUCAUCGCACAGGAGUGAUUUAUCCCGGAGCUCGAGGAGCCAGGUGCUGACAUUUGCUGCCAAACUUCCUCCAGCCCUGAGUAACACCGUGCUCGGGCGGGGAGCGCAAACACCCGCUCUCCUAACGAGCCUUCGCCUGAUUGUUCCAUCAUUAGAACAAAUUGUCCUUGGCUGAGCAGCAACCAAGAAGGAAAGACACCGUUAUCUAGCAACUGUUGACACGCAAUUAACUCCUUUUGGGUCGCGCGAGCUCUUUCACCCCUUGCUCCCCCAUCUUUCUCAUGCUGCUUCUCCUGCACAUCCCCCUCUGUGCUGUGCUGGCAGCUCAUCCCUGGCUCUCAGCUCCCCUCUGUCCUACUGGUGGCUGCCCAGCUCCUCCAUCCUGGCCCUGUGGGACCUUCCUGCACGAGCAGAAGCCUGCGGUGUCCCUCUGGGCCCACACCUCGCAUUUAGGCUGUGGGGAGCCGUGGGCACACGCUCACCCCUACCCGGGGAGCCCCGAGGCUUGUGAAGCUGGCACUCACCUUUGCGAGGAGGGGCCUUCAGCUUCUCCGCUUGCUCAGGGGAAACCUCCAGAAGAGCCUGGGCAGCGGUGGUGAGGAGGAGGCAGCCCUUCAUCCACGUGGGACAAGGACAGUUUGAGCAGUGCCGUCACCCCUGCCCGGUGCUCCGGCGCUCCCCGCCAGCCGCCAGCUCUGCUCUCCUCUCCUCCUCACUCCCGUGCUCGUCUCUCUCCUCCUGGAGCUCCUCGCACGCUCUCUCUCUCUCUCUGUCUCCCCCUUUUCCCUCCCUCUGCUCUUGCUGCUGAUCCAUUGAUCUCUCUCUGUAUUUAUUAUUUUUUUUCCCCUCUCCCUGUCGUUGGGUUUGGAGUUAACUCCUCUCUGCCCAGCCUUCCUGUGGCUUCAGCAGCUCCCACAAGGAGGGGACGGCGGAGAACGAGGGUGCUGCUCCUUGCUGGGAGGGGCAGGACAGGGUCCCGCAGCCCCAGCACCGCUGUGUGUUCGGGAGGUGCUUCCCAACACCUCCAGGGAACGUGGAUGUCCCACCACGCCUGACCCUUACCUCCUGCUUGGUCUAUGGGGCUAAAACCUCUGGAGCACGAGCAAUUAGUUGCUAUUUCGAGCUGUUAAUUGCGAGCAGCAUGGCAAAAAGGACUCGUAGCGCAGACCAGAGCAAAUCACACCCAGCAUCAGAGCCGGAGCCGGAGGGCAAACAGGCUUUUGUUUUCUGACCUCUCACCAGAAUUUCUCUCCCAGGGGAGGGAGGACAAGCAGCCCAGGGCCGGCCCCACCAGACUUCCAGCUCCCUUAUCACCCCGCAGGACAGCGUGUGCUCGGGCUGAUGUGACAAGAAGCAACCGUGACCCACGCAGCCAUCCUGCACCGAAGAGGCGAGGGUCCCGCUGCCCCUGCCCACGUUCACCCCCACCCACAGCACCUCAGCCGGGUGGGAGGCCCCCGUUCCCCCCCCCGAUGUCUGGAGGGAGCAGGGUGUCCCCGGGCAGGCGGGCGGGCGGCCGGGUAUCAGCACCCACAACCAGGGAAAAGGGGAAGGCCACGCUCAGGACGCGGCGAUAACCAGGGGGGACGCAGCCACAGCCCGCAGCGCCGCUCGCCAUGCAGGGCCCCUGCCGCUGCCUCCUCCUCCUCCUCCUCUUCCUCCUCCUCCUCUGCCUGCUGCCGCUGCCGCCGCCGGCUGCCUCGGGCCUGGCACCGCUGCCGCCGCCACCGGAGGACCCUCGAGACCUGCCACCGCCGCCCGGCACCGCUGACCCCGCUGCCCGCCUGCUGCGCGGCCGCCCCUCGGCCCCGGUGCGGCCCUACAGCCUCUCGCUCUCCCCCGAGGACUACCGCUACGCUCCCAAACCCCGCCAUCUACGGCCCGGGCGGCUUCGCCGGCUGCUGGGCUCAGCCUUCGACCCCUUCUGGAUGUCGGCUGAGGAGCCGGUGGGUCGCAACGGCACCGCCACCACCGAGGACCUGGAGAGCCAGAGCCGGGAGCUGGCGGAGGGCGCCGGGCGGUACCGCCGCAAGCUGUGGCGUGAGGCCGAGGGGCUGGAGCUGCCCACCCUGCUGCCCCCCGUGCCCGGGCUGCCCCCCGAGAUGGCCGCCGCCGUGGCACGGCGCUUGAGGCAGUGGCUGGUGGAGCGGGCCGCUUGCCGCCUCGCCUCCUCCUGGGUAGACCUGGGGCCCGUCUUCUGGCCCCGCUGGGUGCGCCACACCGCCUGCCAGCCCGAGCCCUCCGGCUGCUCCUGGCCCCCCGGUAUGGCUUGCCGUCCUGCCCAGCUCACCCAGCUCAAGCUGUUGGCCUGGCACUGCUGGGCCCCCCGGCCCCCCGGCCCCCCGCACUGCGCCUGGCGCCAGAUCCCCUACCCCGUGGUGGUCGCCUGCAAGUGCUCCUGCCGCUGAGGGGCUGGGAAGAGGGAGAAAUAAAAUGCCAGAAGCCAAGCAGGACGCCCACCGGGUGUUUAUCUGGGGCAAAGGAUGCGGGGUGGGUUAGUCCAUGGCAUCCCUGUGCACGGGGGACUGAGGGUGGUGGGAGCGGGGCUGGGGUGCAAGGAAGAUGUGAGGGGGUGUGGGUUGAGCUUGAAGGGGGACACUGUGAUGGGGAGAAGGGCUGGAAGAGGGGCAGGUUUGGGACUGAGGUGUGACAGCACGGUGAGGGCUGUUCAUGAGGGUGGGUGGAAGUGAGGGAGGCAGGAAGCCAGGGCUGGAAGUGUCCUUGUUUGUAGGGGAAUCGAAUGGGAUGGGGAGCUCCGGUAGCUUAAUGUGCAACGGGAGAGAGAGGUGAACCCACACCUACAGGGAUGGGGUGGGACCAGCAUCUGGGGUGGGCCACCUGGGAUGGGUCAGGCUGGGAACUACAGCCUGGAAAGGCAGCACCUCCUGCCUCUGCGUCCUAAUGAGCAAAAAGCCCUCUGCUUUCUGGGCUAAGAGCCAUAACCAGCCACGGAUCAGACCUCCGCCGGGAAGCCUUGAAGAAAAUAAAGAGCUGGAGGACUCGCCUGGGAACGAAACGUUCUUGCACCUCCUGCGGCCGGCAGCGGCUGCGUUAUUCAGUCGUGGGCGCUGUGGCCUGAGCCGCCUGCCUCCCCGGCGCUGCAGCUCCCGGUGCCGUGCAGACCGCAGCCUUGGAGCGGCUGGGAGAGGCAGCGGGGACGGAGGGGAGAGUUUAGGGUGUCCAGAGAUGAGGAGGAUGGGGAGAGAACACGUGCAUGCAAGGACACGGGAGGGAGGCUGCAUGACACACGGUUGGAGCAGAGGCAAUUCGAACAAAGCCAGCCUGUGAUACCCAGGACCCGGCGUGUGCCUGCUCGAGUGCUAAAUCACCACCUCGGCGGGGCUCGGAGGAACAAAUGCAGAGAUGCCAGCCUGCUGCGUGUUCUCUGCCACGUGAAAAUUGCACUUGAUGGAGGGAAAUUACAGGUUUCUGUCACCUGCUCAGAUGCAUGCCCUCUUGCCCACCUCCUGGGCUUGCACCACACGGGGCGAGAUGCAGCUCCCGGGGCUGGGGAGGGAGCCCUGUGGGGAGGGUAAAGUUGUAGGGCUGAUCUCAGGCACCAAGCAAGCCUGGGAGCGAGGAGCAGCUGGUGCUGGGGCCAGCCUCUGCCCUCUUUCUUUUCCCAAACUGGCUGCUGGUGGCACGGGUUGCCAGGGGCUUGAUGCACAGCCUGGGAAACCGCAGCUCCCGGACGAGAAAGCAAGAGCCAGACAUCUACCCACUGCACUGCAGGAAACCUUUAAUGCCACAGGGGCUGCUGCCAGCACACCGCAACAGCCAGAGCCUUCAGGUCCUGCGUCCAGCAGCACGGUGCUCAAGCCUCCCCACCCCGGCACAGGCACUUGUGUUGGUCACGGGCAGGGAAGGCACCGAGGGAAAGACGCCGCUGGUGGCCCCUCAAGGCAGCGCUCCGUGUUUCCGUCCCACCUCGGUGAAGGCCUCCACGCAGCGGUCGAUGUCCUCGUCGCUGUGCACAGCCGAAAUCUGGACCCGGAUGCGG